AUGGUGGUGGCAACGGUGGUGGUGGUGGUGGUGGUGGACUCUCAGUACCGCCAUACCCGCCAAAGCACGAGCACCGUGACAGAUAUAUCAAGAAACAAAAUCACCAUUAAGGAACGAAACGGAGGAUACUGGUGGAACAGAGACGGGCUGGUCUCUUCAGGCGCGGACUAUGCGAUCCUGGAUCAGAGGUCGUUCGCAUCGCCGGACACGGGGUGUCAGACAGCAGCACGAUCUUCCCUGAUCUUGGAGGAAACGGCAGCCAGUUCGUUGGCGCGGUACUGGGCCCUAGUUCACGCCGACAAAAUGCCGGAGAAAGAGGUCGCCUACCAUCAGGAAGCGUUCUCCCUGUUGCCACCACCGCCGCCACCCCAUCAUCCGCAUUCGGCCUUUCACGCGGCUUUCCAUCCGCACCCUCAUCCACCGCCGCCGCCGCCGUUCCAUCCGCAUCAUGGACCACCGCCGCCGCCGCAUCCGGCCGCAGCGGCCGCAGCCGCAUGGGAGCAUCACGCGGCCGCCGCGGCUGCUGCAGCCGCCGCUGCCUUUCACGCGCCACCGCCUCAUCCGUGA